AUGGGAUUCUCAGUGACGUUUCAGACGUGGCAGAGUGAAGAUGUAGAUAUGUCCGUGUCGCUUUAAAUCGCCACGCAAAUGGAAAUGGAGAAAGUACAAGAACCCUUGGCCAGACCGGCUUUCGGCCGCGUUUUAUCUAGAGAAAUGUAUGAGAGACUGCUGAAGGAAAAGGGACCUAAUCUAGAUGUUUAUUUAUCGUACGCUGCGUUUCACGCGGAAAAUGGUAAUGUUGUAGAGAGCAUGGAAGUUCUACUCCAUAGUUGUAAACAUUUCUCAGUGCCUAUAGACAAAAUGCGUCAAGUGGUUAGUAAAAUAGUGCAGUACCUGAGACAAGAGGCGCGGGAUAAUUCGAACCCGCCUCAGAGAAACGUGUUUUCGUGCCCGAGUUGCUGGGGUGUUCUCUACGACCCCAAAACCCUCACUUGCGGACACACCUAUUGUAUUAAGUGUCUCUCGAAGGAGACCCUCAGGACCUGUAAAGUAUGCCAAAGCAAAAUCAAGAGCUCAAACGUGGCCAACCUGAAAGCCAAUGUGUUAGUGGUCGCGUGUGUGGACCGAUGGUGGGCCGGGGAGGUCGAAGGCGUCAAGCUCAGAACUCAAGGAAACAACUAUUUUAAGGAGAAGCAGCUGGAAAGAGCCGUGGAGCUGUACACCGAAGCUGUUGAUUGUGCUCCGAACGACCACCUGCUCCUGAGCAACCGGUCGCACGUGCUGCACACGCUGGGGCGUGCCGAGGAAGCGCUCAGCGAUGCCGAGGCGGCCAUUCGGUGCCGCCCCGAGUGGGCCAAGGGCUACUUCCGGCGUGCCAUGGCCCUUAUCUCCCUGGGCCGUUUCGAGGACGCGCUGGUGUCCCUGCUGCAGUGCGCCGUGCUGGAGGAGCCUGACAGCCUCCGGAGCAUUAAAGAUGAAAUUACCAAGGUCCUCCACCGGCUGCUGGUGAAGCUGACCAACAGACGGAGAGUGAGCCUGGAGGGGCGAGGGAACUGCCUGAACGGCUACAAGCGCCUGAGCCCGGCGCUCUCCGACCCCUCCAUCCCCCCCGAGUCCGACUCCGAGGACUCCGAGGACAGCGAGGACGGCCGCCGCAACCCUCCGUCUGGGGUCGCCGCCCGCCCCGUCGAGGAGGAGAUGCAGCUCAGAAAACUCAUGGACAAGUACCGCCACGAGAUGGAGAGAAGCAGAAAGAGCAGCACAGGCUACGUGAGGCACAUCGACAUGAGCAACGUGGAGAAGAACGACUUCGAGUGCACUCUGUGUUACCGGUUCCUGUACCAGCCCGUGACGACCCCCUGCGGCCACUCCUUCUGCCGCACCUGCCUGGACCGCUGCCUCGACCACUCCACCAACUGCCCGCUCUGCAAGACGUCUAUUAAAGUGUGCCUGUCCGAGAGGAGUCCAACCGUGACGGAAUUCGUGCACCACGCCAUGGAGGUGGUGAUGCCCAACGAGUGCCUGGACCGGCGGCGGCAGCACGACGACGAGCUGGACGAGCUGGCGGCCGCAGGGAAGGACCCGCACCACGAGAUCCCCGUCUUCAUCGCCACCCUCGCCAUCCCGACCAUCACCUGCCCGCUGCACGUGUUCGAGCCGCGCUACCGCCUCAUGAUCCGGCGCUGCAUGGAGUCAGGCACGCGGGAGUUCGGCAUGUGCAUGCCCAUGGAGACGGCGGAGAAUGGCUAUGCCGAUUAUGGCACCAUCUUGGAAAUCCGGGACGUGGAGUACACGCCCGACGGACGGGCCAUUGUCAACACCGUGGGGUCCAGACGGUUCAAGAUCGUCAGUAAAAGUGCUAGAGACGGGUACAACACAGCAGCCGUCGAAUUCCUCGAGGACAACGCAAUUCCCACGGCGAAGCUCGGAGAAUCUCGGCAGCUGCACGACACGGUGCACACCCUUGCGUCCCGCUGGUUCGAGUCCAUUGAGCCCAUGACCAAAAGACGGAUUCUUAAUCACUAUGGUCACAUGCCGUCCGUCGAGGGAGAGUACUGGACGCUCUCCAACGGCCCCGCCUGGAUGUGGUGGAUCGUGGCCAUCCUCCCCCUCGACCCCCGAAUCCAGCUGUCCAUCCUUCGGGAAACGUCCCUCCUGCGACGGCUAGAAGUCCUGCACCGGAUCCUUCGCUGCGUGAUGGCCCAGCAGCGGUCGAGGCAGAACGGGGCCGCCCCACAGUGACUGACAGACUUCCUCGAUGAUGUAGCCUCUAGUCCAGUCUUAAAGUACUGCUACAUUCUUCUGCUCGGAGCCCUGAUCUUCUUACUGUUGAAUUACAUGUGCUUUAUAUUUGUCUAGUUCUGAUCAAAACUGUGUUUUACGUGGAGAAGACGAUGAUCUCUUGAUUAUUUCAUUAAGCGAAGCCAAAACGGAGAGAGUGUACAGUGCUUGAGUGAAGUACAAUGAACUGAAAGAUUUUUUUUUUACGGUAAGAUAGAAGACGUUUUCAGUAGAAAAGCAACUCCUGUGCAUCUUCCCGGGGCGCGUAUAAGCAAGCAAGCACAGGCACCAGGUUGCUUCUUGGGUCGUCAUCCUUCUUGUGGUUUAGAGGAUGUGGAAAACCAUUGAUUUAUUUAUUAUCCAGUGAAGAUGUUAUAAAGGGACACAUUCGUGACUCAACUCUCGCGUUCAAAUAGUUUUUUUCUAUAUUUUUUUGCAGCAUUUGCAGUUUUAUUGCAUUCUGUGGUGGAUCCAGUCAUUACGAAGAUGACCACUCUACAGCUUAAAACUUUUUUUAUGUUACAAAAGCCAAAUGACCAAGUACAGCUUUCUCUUCUUACCUGGCAUCUUAUUUAUUUUUUUCCUGGUAUUUUGGACUUUGUAAAAGAAUAACUGUGAAACCUCGUCUUUCAUAAAGAUAAAUGACAGGUUACAAAACGCUUUCCUUAGAUCGCGGUGGAUAAUUAGAGGCAGAUGGGAAGUGAGUGGGUGUAUUUAGAAAUAUAACUUCCGAAUUACUCAUCGUAGUUACACUUCUUCGUAAAAAAAUCUUGUUCGAAUUAGAUAGAAAAAAAAACACUGGGACCAUAAAUAAAGAAAAGGGGGAAAAAGAAAAAAAAAAUACUAUAAAUUUAUAAAUAAAAGUUCAUGAGGAAUUCUUUAUGAAUCAUAAAGGUUUCACAGUAUAGGAAAAGAGGGUUUUACAGCAGGGAUUUAGUAUCAUUUUCUCAUUUCGAAGUGGAUGGAAAAUGUCUUCAUUGUUUUAAUUAUUACUAUUACCAUAAUUAUUGUUAUUAACGUCUUCUAUCACAUGAAGGUAAUAAUGAGGAGUGUUUGCUGGCUCUCCUCGUGUCACCAAACAGUAUUGUUACGAAAGCCGCUGCACGAAAGUUGCAUGGAAGAAAAUGUUAUGUUAUUAGCUACUGCUGUGGAUGCAGCUGCCGCACAGUGGAUGGGGAGGACAUUUGUAAUUUUUUCUCUUUUUUACAAAAUACAAGUUCUUAUUUA